ACGCCUCCGUUUGGGAAUCUGACUACUCUACCCCUCCUCCCUCUCACACUACCGACUCCCGAUCGUCGACGACAGCAACGGGCGACUCCCCUCCCCAUCCAAAUCCCAAAUCAAAUGCUCACUUCUGCCACCGCCUCCCCCUCUGCCUCCACCCGCUUCUCCUCGACGUGCCGUCCCUGCCGCUCCGAUUCCGUGCCUGCGCGCCGCCCCCGCCCCGUGCUCGCCAUGGCCGCCUCCGACGACCCGCGGGCGGCGCCGGCCAGGUCGGUCGCCGUUGUCGGCGCCGGCGUCAGUGGGCUCGUGGCAGCGCACCGGCUGAGGAAGAGCGGCGUGCGGGUCACGGUGUUCGAGGCGGACGACCGGGCGGGAGGGAAGAUACGGACCAACUCCGACAGUGGAUUCCUCUGGGACGAAGGGGCCAACACCAUGACAGAAAGUGCCUUGGAGGCUAGUAGACUAAUCGAUGAUCUUGGUCUCCAGGACAAACAACAGUAUCCUAACUCCCAACACAAGCGUUACACAGUUAAAGAUGGAGCACCAACUCUGAUCCCUUCAGAUCCCAUUGCGUUAAUGAAAAGCACUGUUCUUUCUACGAAAUCAAAGUUCAAGUUAUUUCUGGAACCAUUUCUCUACGAGAAGUCUCACACAAGGAAUUCACAAAAAGUGUCUGACAACCAUUUAAGUGAGAGUGUUGGGAGUUUCUUUGAGCGCCACUUUGGAAAAGAGGUUGUUGACUAUCUUAUUGAUCCUUUUGUUGCUGGAACAAGUGCAGGAGAUCCUGAGUCAUUAUCUAUUCGUCAUGCAUUUCCAGGUUUAUGGGAUUUAGAAAAGAAGUAUGGCUCUAUCAUUGUUGGUGCUAUCUUGUCUAAACUAACAGCCAAAGGUGACUCGACAAAGAAAGCAGACACUUCAUCAGGAAAAGGACGGAAUAAGCAGGCGUCAUUUUCAUUUCAUGGUGGUAUGCAGACACUAGUAGAGGGACUUCACAAGGACGUUGGAGAUGGUAAUGUGAAGCUUGGAACACAAGUGCUGUCACUGGCAUGUAGCUGUGACAGACUCUCUGCAUCAGAUGGGUGGUCAAUUUCUGUCAAUUCAAAGGAUGCUAGCAGCAAGCUGGCUGCAAAGAACCAAUUGUUUGAUGCAGUUAUAAUGACAGCUCCACUGUCUAAUGUCCAGAGGAUGAAGUUUACAAAAGGCGGAGUUCCCUUUGUGCUAGACUUUCUUCCUAAGGUGGAUUAUCUGCCAUUGUCCCUCAUGGUAACAGCUUUUAGGAAGGAAGAUGUCAAAAGACCGUUGGAAGGAUUUGGGGUCUUGAUACCCUAUAAGGAACAACAAAAAUAUGGUCUGAAAACUCUUGGAACUCUCUUUUCCUCUAUGAUGUUUCCAGACCGAGCUCCUAAUGACCAGCACCUAUUUACAACAUUCGUUGGGGGAAGCCACAAUAGAGAUCUCGCUGCAGCUCCAACAGCUAUCUUGAAACAGCUUGUGACCUCUGACCUUAGAAAACUCCUGGGUGUAGAGGGCCAACCAACCUUUGUGAAGCACGUACAUUGGAAAAAUGCUUUUCCUUUGUAUGGCCAUGAUUAUGAUUUGGCAUUGGAAGCUAUAGGAAAGAUGGAGAAUGAACUUCCAGGCUUCUUCUACGCAGGGAAUAACAAGGAUGGGUUGGCUGUUGGAAAUGUUAUAGCUUCAGGAAGUAAGACUGCUGACCUUGUGAUCUCAUAUCUUGAGUCGCAUCAAGCAAGAUAAUUAACAACAAAGGUAUGUUUAUCUCGAAGUGAUGAAGACAUGCAAGACGAGGUUGUGUAGCAGUGCAGUUAGCUAAAGUUAAGGAGGCUGCACACUAAAGAUGGAUGACCAGGAAUGCUAGGACACCGGAACAGAAUUUUGCUCCGUUGAAAUAUACUUCUCCGUACUAUCUAACAUGUGUUUGGCUAGUAUUUGAUUGUGCUUGGUGUAAGAAAAGAAAAAAAAACUUGCUUCCUUGGGAACUUUAGGGCACAAGCAAACAUGAGUAGGGCACUCCUUCACCUUGGAGGCUUUAUGUCCUUCGUUGCACUUUUCUUUUUGGGCACAUCCUUCCGUACUGUAUGAGCAUGGCGGCCACUGACAGCAAAGGACAUAUAUAAGAAAGUAAAAGGUUUGAUGUUGCCCUUUUUUUUCUUAUGUCGGGAAGAAUGGUUAGCUUGACUACCUAAUCCAUGAAGCAUUGUUUC